AUGAAGGAAAGACACGCAGGUAACAGUCCUAGUAAAGAAUAUCAGGAAAUGAAGGAAAGACACGCAGGUAACAGUCCCAGUGAAGAAUAUCAGGAAAUGAAGGAAAGACAGGCAGGUAACAGUCCUAGUGAACAAUAUCAGGAAAUGAAGGAAAGACACGCAGGUAACAGUCCCAGUGAAGAAUAUCAGGAAAUGAAGGAAAGACAGGCAGGUAACAGUCCUAGUGAAGAAUAUCAGGAAAUGAAGGAAAGACACGCAGGUAACAGUCCCAGUGAAGAAUAUCAGGAAAUGAAGGAAAGACACGCAGGUAACAGUCCUAGUGAAGAAUAUCAGGAAAUGAAGGAAAGACACGCAGGUAACAGUCCCAGUGAAGAAUAUCAGGAAAUGAAGGAAAGACACGCAGGUAACAGUCCCAGUGAAGAAUAUCAGGAAAUGAAGGAAAGACACGCAGGUAACAGUCCUAGUGAAGAAUAUCAGGAAAUGAAGGAAAGACACGCAGGUAACAGUCCUAGUGAAGAAUAUCAGGAAAUGAAGGAAAGACACGCAGGUAACAGUCCUAGUGAAGAAUAUCAGGAAAUGAAGGAAAGACACGCAGGUAACAGUCCUAGUGAAGAAUAUCAGGAAAUGAAGGAAAGACACGCAGGUAACAGUCCUAGUGAAGAAUAUCAGGAAAUGAAGGAAAGACACGCAGGUAACAGUCCUAGUGAAGAAUAUCAGGAAAUGAAGGAAAGACACGCAGGUAACAGUCCUAGUGAAGAAUAUCAGGAAAUGAAGGAAAGACACGCAGGUAACCGUCCUAGUGAAGAAUAUCAGGAAAUGAAGGAAAGACACGAGGUAACAGUCCCAGUGAAGAAUAUCAGGAAAUGA